UGUAUUUAAUGUUCAUCCAUUGCUCUUUCAGCUGCAGCUACACCUGAAAAUGUCAGCUCGGGGGGCCCCGGCCGCAUCCCCUGCGGCUCCUGCUCCGCCGGACAUGCCGGAUCUGAGCCACCUCACCGAGGAGGAGAGAAAGAUCAUCCUCUCGGUCAUGGACCGACAGAAGAAAGAGGAGGAGAAAGAGCAGUCCAUGCUGAAGGAACCUCCUAAAGAAGACACAAAGCCUCAACCAGCUCAGUGGAACCCUUUCAGUGGAAUCACUGAGCUGGUUAGUAAUGUUCUUCAGCCCCAGUCAAAGUCCCCCAGUGAGGAGGAGCCAAAGCCGAAGUUACACCAGCAGUUUGAGAUGUAUAAGGACCAGGUGAAGAAAAUCGGAGAGGAGGCUCAGAAGAAUCCGGAGCAGAAGGGAGACUCACCCACCUGUGGGAUCUGCCACAAAACCAAGUUUGCCGAUGGCUGCGGCCACGUCUGUUCUUAUUGCCAAACUAAGUUCUGCGCACGCUGUGGAGGACGCGUCUCCCUCCGGUCCAACAAAGUAAUGUGGGUAUGCAACCUGUGCCGAAAACAACAAGAAAUCCUCACCAAGUCGGGAGCGUGGUUCUACAGUUCUGAGGGGUCCAGAUCACGGCCCCAAGCCAAAGUAAGAGGAGGCCGAGCCGGAACAAACCAGGACCCUCUCAGAAACGGUUCAGGGGUCCCCUCAGACAGAAACAGAAGCCCUUCAGCAUCCAGGGACCCAAACGCGGCAUAUAACCAAAGGGAGGGGGAAGGAGGAUUACAGUAUGCCCCGGCUGAAGGUGGCAUGCCCCGCUCUCCGUCCGACUACGGACGUGACCCUGGCCGUUCGCCAAGGAGUUCAAGAAUGUACAACGAGGUGGGCGAUUAUCGAGACAGUCGAGGACGCUGGCACUCACAAGGCCAGCGUUUGGACGGCCAGUUAGACGACUAUGAACUCCAGAGGCGCCGUGAGGAGGAAUACCAGGCCCGAUACCGCAGUGACCCCAACCUGGCGCGCUACCCGGUCAAACCCCAGCCCUACGAGGAGCAGAUGCGCAUCCACGCCCAGGUGUCACGGGCUCGGCAUGAGCGGCGCCAUAGCGACGUCUCACUUGCUUAUACAGAACUUGACGAGCCUCUGCAUGGCCCCGGUGUGCGGAAGUCGCGCAUCCCUCUUUUGGGAGGCCCAAGUCAACUCUCAUACUCUGUGGACAGGAGCUCACCGGGACAUCGAAUAUCAAAUCAUAGCCCACCAACACCACACCGCAGCCCUGUGCUGGGUGAAAGCCGGCGAGGACUGGUGGAACCGACUAGGAAACCCAUACCCCAACAGCACCACUUGGACCCUAGCUCAGCUAUGCGCAGGAACAAACGGGACAAAAUGGAUAGCAUGCUGCGAAAUGAUUCUCUAAGCUCAGACCAAUCCGAAUCGGUUCGGCCUCCUCCACCUCGACCCAACCGCAGCAAACGCCUUGGCAAACUCAGAACCAUGGGCAGCUUUAGCAGCUCAGAGGAGGAGUUGGCCACCACGCCAGAGUACACCAGCUGUGAGGAUGUGGAGCUGGAGAGCGAGUCCAUCAGUGAAAAAGGCAACAUUCAAAGGGGAAAAAGAAAAACAAAUGAGCAGGCAUAUUUUUUGGACGCCAGUUACGCCCUGUCUGAGAGGCAAAAGACAGUGGUGCGAUUUUGGGAACGCUCUCACGACGAAGACGUGGAGUGGUGCGAGCCGCAGGUCAAAGAUUCAGGGGUUGACACGUGCAGUAGCACCACGCUAAACGAGGAGCAUAGCCAUAGCGACAAGCACCCGGUGACAUGGCAGCCAUCCAAAGAUGGAGAGCGCCUAAUAGGGCGGAUAGUGCUAAACAAGCGGAUGAAAGAUGGCACAGUGCCCAGAGACACGGGGGCACUGCUGGGCCUCAAGGUCGUGGGAGGGAAGAUGACAGAGUCUGGCAGACUUUGUGCUUUCAUCACGAAGGUGAAGAGAGGAAGUCUAGCAGACACUGUCGGCCAUCUCCGACCAGGUGAUCAGGUUCUGGAGUGGAAUGGGAGAGUCUUGCAGGGAGCCACAUUCAAGGAAGUUUACAAUAUUAUUCUAGAAUCCAAGCCAGAGCCCCAGGUGGAGCUGGUGGUCUCACGGCCCAUUGGAGAUGUCCCUAGAAUACCAGAGAGCACACAUGGGCAACUUGAAUCAAGUUCGAGUUCCUUUGAAUCCCAAAAAAUGGGUCCCUCCAUCUCUGUCACGUCCCCCAUGAGUCCUGGCAUGCACCGGGAAACCCCUCAGUAUCUGUCUGGACAGCUCUCAAGUCCAUGCCUUAGUAGAAGAACCACGCCUUUUGUCCCUAGGGUCCAGGUAAAGCUGUGGUACGAUAAAGUGGGACAUCAACUCAUCGUCACUAUCCUAGGCGCCAAAGACCUGCCUUCACGAGAAGACGGGCGGCCUAGGAAUCCCUACGUCAAAAUCUACUUCCUCCCCGACAGAAGUGAUAAAAGCAAGAGGAGAACGAAAACAGUGAAGAAAUCUCUGGAGCCAAAGUGGAACCAGACGUUCAUGUACUCGCCAGUGCACAGGCGAGAGUUCAGGGAGCGAAUGCUGGAGAUCACGCUAUGGGACCAGGCCAGAGUCCGAGAGGAAGAAAGCGAGUUCCUGGGAGAGAUUCUAAUAGAGCUGGAGACAGCGCUGUUGGACGAUCAGCCUCAUUGGUAUAAGCUCCAAACACAUGACGUGUCCUCUAUGCCGCUGCCUAACCCCUCACCCUACAUGCAGAGACGUCUCCUACAUGGAGAGAGUCCAACGCGCAGGUUACAAAUCAAGAGCCCGUAUUUGUACAACUCAGGGUCACAGAGAAUCAGUGACAGCGAGUUCUCUGAUUACGACUGUGAAGAUGGGAUUGGUGUUAUCUCAGAUUACCGGCACAAUGGCAGGGAUUUCCAGAGCUCCACUCUGUCUGUACCUGAGCAGGUGAUGUCAUCCAAUCACUGUUCACGAUCAGACAUGAGCCGCACACGUUCACGCUCACCCAGCGUUCCUCCCCCACAAAGUCGAAGUUUAGACCAUGGUGUGAGAGGAGCACCCUCGCUUUAUGGCCCCCGACAACACCUGUCCGAAGACAGAUACUCACCAGACAGCCAGUAUCUUACCCUCCCUCCUCGAACCAGACACAGACAGCCAACCAUCGACCCCGCUAUCCAGGACCCCAGUAUGUGCCCCCUCUAUCGGGAAGAUGCGGUCAGGUUACUGCGCUCCACUAGGAUGGCCCGUGCAUACUCAGAAGGGUACAAUAGCGUGGACAGGAGGAUGAGGAGAGAUAGACAAAUGUCUGCCUACAGUGACUCUUUUGAAUCACCUGAGAGAUAUUACAAUGGGCCCAAUCAUGUAUCUACUCCAUGGCCCAAUCAUGUCAUGAAUGGAACCGGUGGGGAUUACAGUAGGACAUGCCCCAGGAUAGAAAUUGAGCCUUCUACAGAUACAGAAAGAGAGGAUCAUAUUCCAGAGUUCCCAGCUAACAAUGAGCACUUUGAGGAAGAUCUGAGGUAUAGCCGCAGCAUGGUGGACAGACAUGACCAUUACAGGUCCAGGUCAGCUGACCAGCGGCCUAUGAUGGAGCGACCGGUCUACACCCGCUCCCGCUCGUCCGAGCGGCCCGAGUCCGGCUACAUGAGAUCCAUGCCGUCCUUACCAUCAGGGAGAUCCGCCCCUCCCUCUCCUGCCUUAACGAGGGCAAAUCCCCGCACCGGAUCGGUCCAAACAAGUCCAACCAGCACGCCAGUAUCGAGUCGAAGAGGUCGGCAGCUACCGCAAGUCCCACCAAAGGGGUCUAUGGACAGAAAAGAUGGCGAGGGCAUUACUGAGCCUUAUGAAGCUCAUGUGGGGAUGGAACCUCCUGUCCCGGGCCCUACCACCGCACAUGUCCCAGUACCUCCUCAUGUCCACGCUCCUCCCCCUCCUGUAAAUGCCCAUCCGCCUUCUUCAGUUGCCACUCCUCCACCUGCACAUGCCCCUCCUCCUCCAACACAUACCCCUCCCUCUCAAGCCAGUGCCCCUCCUCCUCCAACACAUGCUCCUCCCCCUCCAGUCAGUGCCCCUCCUCCUCCAGCCACUGCCUCAUCACCAGCCCCACCUCUUGUCCAACAGGCAUCUGUGCCAGAAUCCCAGGAAAAGCCUGUAGCUCCCCCACCUGUCAAUGGGAGGAAAGAGGUGACAUGGGAGGACCAACAGAAGAAAGCUCCUGCAGUAGUGUCAGAGUCAACAGUGUCAGAGAAUGGCGAUGCAGGCACUUUGAAGGAUCCAUCAAGGCAUGGGAUGGACAGUCUCUCCAUGAGGUCAUCGGACAGUGAUGUAAGCGACGUGUCCGCUAUGUCGAGUGCAUCUCGGCUUAGCAGCACGAGCUACAUGUCUGUCCAAUCAGAAAGGGUGCGAGCGAGUCGCAAGAUCAGUGAGUUUACAUCUAAAAUGAAACACAGGGCUCAGACGGCCACCCCUGGCUCCAACAUCACCAAGAGUUCCAGUGUGGGUGGAGACAUGUGCUCGCUGGGCAGGAACGACGAUGAGGACGAUGACAAGAAGAGGCGCUCCAGCUUUGGGGCGAAGAUGGCCGCCAUGGUGGGACUGGGGAAAAAGAGUCAAAGUACCUCGCAGCUGGACCCAGAGGAGGAGGGUAAGAAGAAGAAGCCGGUGCGGCUGGCAAUCCAGCGGAGUGUGGAGACGGGUUUAGCCAUUGAGAUGAAGAGCAGGAUGACACGGCAGCCCAGCCGAGAGACCACAGACGAUGGUGAAAAGGCAAAACCUGGAAAUCUAAUCUUCCCUGGAGUGAAGAUCUCAUCGGACAGCCAGUUCACUGAGUUUUUGGAUGGCCUUGGUCCAGCCCAGCUGGCAGGGAGACAGACAUUGGCCACGCCUCCAAUGGGUGACAUCCAGAUUGGUAUGGUACACAGGAAAGAAAGGCUGGAUGUUGAAGUUAUUCGAGCUCGAGGCCUGGUGGGCAAACCAGGGAACAAACAGACUCCAGCACCUUAUGUAAAAGUAUAUCUGCUGGACAAUGGGAAAUGCAUCAACAAAAAGAAAACACGGACAGCGAGAAAAACUCUGGAUCCUCUUUAUCAACAGCAGCUUCAGUUUGAGGAGAACCCUGAGGGGAAGGUUUUACAGAUUAUUGUUUGGGGGGACUAUGGACGCAUGGACCACAAGUCCUUCAUGGGAGCCGCCCAGAUCCUGUUAGACGAUUUAGAGCUGACCAACAUGGUGAUUGGCUGGUACAAGCUUUUCCCUCCCACCUCAUUGGUGGACCCAACCUUGGCACCUUUAAGUAGUAAACCUCCAGAUUCAGGCCUGGACAGUUCCAACGUUCGGUCGUAGCGGCACGAGGAGGUGAGCGGUAGAGAGAGGCGUGAGUAGCUCCAGCUACUGACAGAGAAGAGAGGGUCUCGACGGGUCACGUCCUGGUUACACUGCAUGCUUGAUGUUGUGUCCUCUGAGCCCGUGCAACAAGAGGCGAGGAAAAAAACCUGCGUCCUUCUGCCAAAAAAAUAAACGAAAAGAAAUUGUAUGCUGCUGUCACACGCAGGGAAAGAACGCCACAGGAAGUCUCUCCAUUCAGCUGAAGAGAUUCAGCCAGGGAUUCGGCAGAGUCUGACUCUUAACCGUAGGAAAAGGAAGACACUGUUCUACUCUGGCUGUUUAUUCUCUGUUGUAUUCAAAGAGAUGUCAGUGUUUCUUACAUUGAACUUGAUGCGUUGAAGCCAUUACCGUAAGCCAAGCUGUCAAAAGAUCUAUAAAAAGAGAAGCGCUUGGCUAAGAUGGAACAGAAAGGGUAACCUAGGAGAGAUGACGUCCUCAUGGGAAUGACCCUACAUCAAGCCCGAUCUCCAGUGGAUCGAUUUUCAAAGUUCGCUGAUGAGGAAAUGGAUAUGGCCAGAGAUCCUGUUUGAUUCAGGAAACAACACAAUUCUGAAAAAAAUAAAAAAUAAAUAAAUAAAUAAUGGACCUUUUUGUGCUCCGGUAUGAUGUUCUCUUUGUUGAUGUACUGUAUGAUUUUUUUUUUUUUUUUUCUUUUUCUUUCUUUUUUUUUUUUUUGCAUGGAUGCAAAGUUGUUUUUAAAAAAAAUCUAGUUAUUUUCCUCGAGACUUGCAAAAAAAAUAAAAAAAGAAAGAGAGGAAGAAACUUAUUUAAGGAUGACCAGAUCAGCCAUUUUCAACAGUUUGUAUUAUUUUUAAUAUGAAAUUCUCUAGUGCAUGAUUUUCAAAGGGACUGAAUGCAAAAUGAUAAUGAUGUGAUUGUCAUCCUUUAGAAUAUUCUUCUGUAUUUUUACAGAUCUUGGUUACAGGUGUGGCCUGGUGAGACUUUGUAUCUCAUAUUAUUCACGGGAAAAAAAAAGAAAUGGUUGAGGAAAACAAUAAAUGUACAAUAUUUAUUUCGAUAUAAAAACAUAACAUGAAAAUUGUACAUUUCUCCCUUCAAAUGCAGCCAUAAUUGUGUUCAUGUGGAGACAGAGCUGUAGAUUAUCGUAUGGGUCUGUCAUGAUUCCACUGUGUUCCGUUACACUAGAAUGGCUCAUUCAUUCAAAGCAAGCAUGUUGAAAAGGGUCUGCAACAUGGAUUGAGCACACCGUCUGAGUAAUACAGCAUGUUUUGAUAGAGACAUCUGGGAAUUUUUCGCAGUUUUAUGUACAGUGCAUGUGGACCAGAGGCUCUGUCGUCCCCCCGAUCCAGUGGCGUCCACGGAUUCAGGUCGGGGUCGAGGUUUUGUGGCCGACGGUUCAGACAUUAAACGCAACAUUCCACCUCUUGGCACUCAUCUUAUCUUGAAGUUUUGAAAAGAAAAAAAAGGAAAAGAGAAUCAAACAGACAAAAGAAAACUAAAAAACAUGGGGGGAAACGUCAAGAAGAAAAUUUAUAUUUAUUCAAGGUUGACUUGAAAAGGUUGCAAGUAUAUUUUAUUUUAUUAUUGUUAUAAAGAAAAUGUUAUAAAAAAGGAUCCCAUUGGAUGGUGCUGUACAAGUCUCUGAACUCAGAGUGGACUGGACAAUAUUUAUACACGUGUUAUUCAACACAUCAGACACUGGUUGUCGAAUGAGGAGUGAGUCACAGUUCGUGGAGAUGGGAAAAUUGCCACACAAUAUGAAUUUUUAAUUGUUUCUUGUUUUGAGAGAAUAAAAUUCAUUUACUAA